AUGGCGACCGGUGGAAAGCGAUCAAAUCUCAGGUUGCUCAGGACGUCAUUGAUUCUGGACCAAGGCGACACACGCACGACUCGCCAUGGAGACUGUCUCAGACUGUGUACUUACAACGCGAGAACAGUUUCCACAGACGCUGACCUGCAUGCCCUUCUCGGAGCUGCAGAGCGUGUCAAAUUUCACGUGAUUGCUCUGCAGGAGACCAAGUGCAGAAGGAGCGACGUACGACAGAUGAAUGACGGUACACACGUCAUUCGUGGAGAGAAGGUUCCGUCGCGAAAUGUAGACGGUGUUGGUUUUGUCGUGCACCCAUCUGUCGUCCAUCUCGUCGAUUCUCACGAGAUCCUGUCACCUCGUCUGGCCAUUCUUCGCCUCCGCCCUCUGCGCCAAAAAUCCAUCAGUAUCAUCAACUGCUACUCACCAACAUCAGCAGCUGAUGAAUCCGAAUUGGGCGCGUUUUACGAGGAGCUGGAGGAAGUAGUCCGCAACGAGAAGUCCUUCUACAAAUUCGUUGUCGGAGACUUUAACGCAAAACUAGGAAAGACCACAGAAGAGGAAUACAGGAUUGGAAGAUUUGGGCUAGGGGACUGGAAUGAAAAUGGCAAUCGUCUCGCCGGGCUGUUGUCCGCCGCUCGCUUCUUUCAUGGGAACUCUCAUUUCAUGAAAAAAGAUCAUCGUCGGUGGACAUGGAAAUCGCCCAAUGGCGCGACUCGUGUGAAGAUCGACCACAUACUCUCCCACCGGAGGUGGUGUCUACUUGACGUCUCAGUAGUACCAUCCUUUCGUAGUGGUUCUGAUCACCGUCUCCUUCGUGCGAAAAUACGACUUAGCCACACGAUGGAAAAGAACAUCUGCUAUCGGCAACGAAGGAGAAAAAAAGUCGUCUACGACAAUUGCGUACUCGAGGACUCCUUGUCCCAAGGUGACUGGCACAUCGAGGAAGACCCAAACGUGGACUACGAGAUGCUGCUCAGAGGAUUACGAGCCUGUGCUGAACGUGCCUCGAAGUUGCGCACGACAAACUUGGAUCGAAUUUCGAACACCACCAAGGAGUUGUUAGGAAGAAGAAGGGCUUUGAGGCUUGAUCCGAAUGCAUCGCACAUUGAGCGGGACUCGCACGUCUUCUCGUCCCCGAUCAUCCCCACUGGUGAAGCUCCACCACGGAUUCUCCCUUCGGAAGUACGAGUCGCUAUCAAGAGCAUGAAACCUGGUACAGCCCCCGGACCUGAUUUUAUAUCAGCAGACUUUCUUCGAGCUGGCGGCCAUCCGCUUCAUGUAAUCUUAGCAGCGCACAUGCCAUCCUAUCAUCAGAAAGAAAGGAUCCCAGACCAGUGGAAGACCUCACGAACCGUUCUUAUUCAUAAGAAAGGUGACCGAGAGGACCUUCGGAACUACUGUCCGAUAUGCUUGCUGAGCGUGUUGUACAAAAUAUUUACCAAGAUCAUCCUCACACGCAUAUCUAGGACGCUGGAUGAAGCCCAGCCUCAAGAACAAGCUGGAUUCCGCCAGGGGUUCAGCUGCUUGGACCACAUCCAGAUCGUGUCGAGUGUCAUAGAGGUUUGCCGGGAAUACCGCCUGCCCCUUGUUCUAACCUUCGUCGACUAUGAGAAAGCCUUUGACAGCGUAGAAACGAAUGCAAUACUGUCAGCGUUGGUCGAUCAAGGUGUGGACGCGUCGUAUGUGAGGACAUUAGCCAAUUGCUACGAACGAUGCACGACUAGGAUACAGCUUUUCUACCGCCCUCUCACCAUACCCAUUGGAAAGGAGGUACGACAAGGCGAUACUAUAUCGCCGAAGCUGUUCACGGCUGCAUUGCAAUGCAUAAUGAAAUCACUAUCUUGGGAAGAAAGGGCAUACGUGUUGAUGGAAGAUUUGUUUCGAACCUUCGUUUCGUGGACGACAUCGAGCAGUACCAGUGAAGCAGAAACGAUGCUGAACGAAUUGAACGAAGCAGGGAAGAGAAUAGGACUGCGAAUAAACAGGAAGAAGACACAGUUCGUGAAGAACGCCUACUGUGAGGACGGGGGAGUACAACUUGAAGACUCCCAAAUCGUGGAGACUUCGCCAUAA